CCCCCCCCGGCACCUGCUGCGGCGGCUCCGGCCAUGGGCGCGCUGCCGCGGGCCGCGCUGGCGCUGGCUGCGCUGCUGGGUGUCUCCUCAGCCGCGCUGGAGGUGAACGUGGGGACGGGCUCGGUCUUCUCCGUGGAGGGGCAGCAAGUGGUGCUGCCCGCCUGGUACACCAGUCACUCCCAGAAAAAGCCCUACGUCACCUGGCUGCUGGAUAGGGAAGAUGCUGACCCCUUCCAGAUCCUGACCUACCUGGACGGGGUGGUGAAGGUGGAGGAGACAGAGCUGAAGCCCCGCGUGGGGUUCCUCUACCCCGUCCUCAGCCACAACAUCUCGGUCUUCAUCAACGCCACCCAGGAGCGCGACUCGGGCCAAUACAUGUGCACCGUCAACGUGGUGGACGACGCCACCAGCACGGGCAAGAACGUCGGCGUCAUCAACCUCACCGUGCUGGUGCCACCGGCCGCCCCUGCCUGCCACCUGCACGGCCACCCAGCCGUGGGAGCCAACGUGACGCUGAGCUGCGCCUCCGAGAAGGGGAAGCCCUCGCCCGCGUACCGGUGGCAGCGCACGGCCCCCACCCUGCAGGUCUUCUUCCCCCCCGCCCAGGACCAGGCCAGGGGCACCCUCAAGCUGACCAACCUCUCCCUGGACAUGUCGGGGGUCUAUGUCUGCGUGGCAGAAAACCGAGCGGGCUCGGCCGAGUGCAGCAUCGCCCUGGAGGUGCACUCAGCUAGCACCAAAGCCGUCAUCGCCGGCGCCGUGCUGGGCUCCCUGGGUGCCCUCGCCAUCGUCGUCUUCUUCGCCCACCAGGUCAUCGGCUACCGGAGGAAGAAACGUGACAGCCAGGAGGAGACUGCCAACGAGAUCAAGGAAGACGCCGUGGCCCCCAAAACCCCGACGUGGGCGCGGAGCCCGGCUUCCGACACCAUCUCCAAAACCAGCACCUUGUCCUCCAUCACCGGCACCCGGGAGAAACCCUACGGAGCCAAACCCCCCUCCGACACCGUCUCCAUCCUCACCGGCAGCUACCGGGGACCCCCGCCCCGAGGAGGAGGGCGCACCCCCACCCUCUCCCCCCCCGCCGUUAAUGGGGCCCCCCAACGCCGCCAUGACCCCGUCGCACCCCCAGGGCCGUUGCCCCCUUCCAGUUUGGCGCGGACGGGCGCCGUCCCCGUCAUGGUGCCAGCACAGAGCCGAGCUGGCUCCUUGGUGUGAGCCCCCGCUCCCCCCCCCCCCCAAAAAAAAAAAAAACGGGGUGCCCUUAUCCAGCACAACACCCACCCCCCCCCCUUUUCUGGGUUGUUGUGUUUUUUUGUUUUUUUGUCCCUUUUUUUUUUUUUUUUUUUUUGCUUCGUUUUAAAAGACACCUCGAGCAGCUGGACUCAUCAUGGGGUUGUUUAAUGGGUGCGUGAGGUUCCCUGGGUCUGGGGGGGCUCCCUGGGUUUGGGGGGACCGGGUCUCCCCAUAAAUAUAACACCCCGAAAUAGUCCCGGUCCCACCCGGGGUCCUCUUUUUUUUUUUUUUUUUUUUUUUUAUAUCUAUCUAUCUAUAUAUCUGUAUCUCAGUUGAAAUGGGGGCUUCUUCGUAAAAGAGCAUUAAAAGCCAGGAGAGUGACGGGGUGGGGGGGGGGCCAACCACUUUUUUUAGGGGUUUUCUGAUUAAAAGCUGGCCGUGCUGUCCGGCA